CGCCCUCGUCCUGCCGCCGCCGUCCGGCGCCCCCAGCCGCCGCGCCGCGCCCCGCAGAGCCGCCCGCCCGCCCGCCCGGCCGAAGCAUGUCCAAGCCCAGCGACCACAUCAAGCGCCCCAUGAACGCCUUCAUGGUGUGGUCCCGCGGCCAACGGCGCAAGAUGGCCCAGGAGAACCCCAAAAUGCACAACUCGGAGAUUAGCAAGCGGCUGGGCGCGGAAUGGAAGUUGCUCUCCGAGGCGGAGAAGCGCCCGUACAUCGACGAGGCCAAGCGGCUGCGGGCGCAGCACAUGAAGGAGCAUCCCGACUACAAGUACCGGCCCCGGCGCAAGCCCAAGAACCUGCUGAAAAAGGACAGGCAUGACCAAGACUGGGAUAGACCCCUAUUCUUCAGCACACGCGACUGCCAUGUAACACCCACCCACCCACACCCCCACAGGCGUGUGUGUGUGCGUGUGUCCCCCACCCCGGCCGGCAGCUGGAACUGGGAUUCCUCCGUGUGUGCAUGUACAUAAAACCUGCAAGAGCAAAAGGCCACCCGAACCAGGACUCUGCCGCCCGCCGCCGGGCCGGGACAGACGCGGACGCUGCCUCGGAGAUGCUCUCGCCUAAAGCUCGCCACGAGAGCUGGCCCCAGGCUCGGGGGGGAUCUGCAAUCGCGGGGGCAGAUAGGAGCCCGGCACUUGUAAGAGUUGUAAAUGUGUUUAAAAACAGAAAAGCAAAGCGAACCUUGAACUGCCCUUUCGGGACAAAGCGGGGAGAAAAAGACAAAAAAAAAAAAAAAAAAAAAAAAAGAGAGGCGGUUUCGAUUUUUAUUUAUUCUCUUAAUGUCUAUGAGUUCUCCAGGGUCUCAUGUCACUUGGACUUGACUUUGGGAAGUCCCGGUCUUACUCUGAUUUUAUUUUUUUUUCCUCGUUGUUUUCCUUUUGCACAUUGAAAAAUGAGAUCAGCUGUGUUAUAUAUAUAUAAAUAUAUAUAUAUUUUGCCACCACGUACUACUAGGUAAAAUUGCUUUUCAUGUCAGAAAAAAGGCUCUUCAAAGUUAAAAAAGAAAAAAAAAAGACAAAAAAAAAAAGAAGGGGAGAAACAUUUAUAUUUAAAACCUAUGAUAGUGUUUGCUUAAUUUAAAAGAGAUAGUCCUUAAAUUUGUGUGAUCCAGUGAGACUAGAUCUAAGUUUACUUUAGACAGAGCGUCAGGUAUGAAGUCAGGCAGUAGAAUUGUAAAAAAAUUAAUACUACUACUACUACUAACCGAAUAAAAACCGAUGGCAAUUUAAAUAUGUUUUCACAAUGUCUUGGGCAAGAAGAAACAGAAACUAAGAUGUAUCCGGCAGGAUUUUACCUCGUUAAACCUUUUCAUUUGUUGAACAAAGCCGUUUUGAAUAAAGACAAUCUGUCAUCAAACGAG